AUGCGACCUAAAAAACACAUCGGAAUUAUUGUCUCUAUUGUAAUUGUAAUUGUUUUCCUAAAUUAUUGCAAUUGCUGGGAUCUCACCAGCCACGACAUUAAAGAUAAUUAUUACAUUUCCAGUAUCGCGGUUUUUAAAAAUAGAGCAUUUUUAACUCUGCCGCGUACUUCUUGUUUUAAUAACAUUUCGUAUCCAACUAUUAUUGAAGUUCCGUGGAUCGGAAGUCGGAGCGUUAAAGUUAAAAAAUCAAUUGCGUUUCCUCCCGGUAUCGUUCAAGUUUGGGGUGUUUGUGAUAAAUUACAAGAUGCUGUGGCUGUUGCUGUUCAAGAACCUGAAACCCGGUUGUGGGUUUUGGACGCAGGAUCUGCGAUAUGCAAUCCUAAGGUUAUAGUCUACGAUCUCAAUUUUGACGUCGAAUUUCAAAAAUUCCAAUUAGUUGGGAUACCGCAUGGAACUCUUACUUCUCUGGUAAUCGACGAGAAUCAUGAAGGGGGCUUAGUAUUCGUGGGAAGUAAAAAUGAAAACACUCUUGUUGUUUUAUCCUUAGAAGAAUCUUUGUGGUGGGAAGUCAGCUUGCGUACAGAACAAGGUGAAAAUGUUUACACCGAAGCCCUUGCUAUAUCUCCAAUCGAACCUGUUCUCUUUGCUACUAAUUCAAGCAAAGAAAACUUGUACAAAAUAAAAUUGGAAAGUAUUGUUGACAAUUUUCGCAGGAAGAAUUUAACAAGAACAGCAGUAGCAGACUUUAUUGGCAAUAAAAUGGGACCAUCGGGAGGUAUGCUAGUCGAUCUUAAAGGUGGUUUAGUUUAUUAUCUUACAAGAGAUUAUGCAGUAGUGCGAUGGGAUGGUAGUCAAAGUUUAAAGGCCGAAAGUCAUGAUAUAUUGGCGCAAUCGUUUCGAGCUUUACCUUUUGUACCUUGCAUCUUCAAUGGACCACAGGAUGGCAUAUGGGCGUUAGUUAAUCCACAUGCACCUUCAGAAUGCCCUGUUAAAGGCGAACAUCCUGUUAACUUUACAAAUACAGAGGAAUUUAAAUUGAGAACAAGGGUUAUUAAAUUACUGAAAUUUAUAAAAAAGGAAUGAGAUUGGAACGAAGUAGGUAACCAUUUAAAUAAACUAAUUAACUAACUGACUAGCUUAAUUUAUAAACUUAAAUAUCUGUAUUAAUGUUUCUUAAUAUGUAAAUAAACCUACUAUUAAACCGUU